GAGAGCCUAUGAUGGGUGGACAAGCCUGUGUAGAGGACAAGUUGCUAUCCAACAAAACCUUUCUAACUGUUGCUUAACGCCAACCCUACUCCUCUUCCCCUCACAGAUUAUUCUCUUGUCUCUCUUAAAUCUUCCCUUCCUUCCUCUCGCAACAAGCUAAUGGAAGCCCACUCAUCAUCUUCAUCCGACGGUGGUCUAAGCGUCCGUCGGGCUUUGCAACUAAUCCAAUCCGACGACCAAGCUCUGAAGCUGCAGGGCGCCCAGGAAAUUCGACGCCUCACCAAGACCUCGCAGAGGUGUCGGCGCCAACUUUCCGGCUCGGUGGGCUCACUCGUCUCCAUGCUCCGAGUUCACGACUCGCCUCAGUCUCAUCAGUCUGCCCUCCUCGCUCUCCUCAACCUCGCCGUCAAAGAUGAGACGAACAAAAUAAAGAUUGUGGAAGCUGGUGCUUUAGAACCCAUUAUUACUUUCCUUCACUCAGAAGAUUCCAAUCUGCAGGAGUAUGCUACUGCAUCUCUGCUCACCUUAUCAGCUUCUGCCUCCAACAAGCCUUUCAUUGGUGCCUCUGGUUCCAUUCCUCUUCUUGUUGAAAUCCUUAGACAUGGAAGCCCACAAGCCAAAGUUGAUUCUGUUAUGGCUCUUUCCAAUCUUUCAACCUACCCAAUCAACCUUAGUAUCAUUCUUGAAGCGAAACUAUUCCCUUGUAUAGUUACUUUGUUAAAAACCUGCAAAAAAUCUUCAAAGACAGCUGAAAAAUGCUGUGCUCUGAUAGAAUCUUUAGUGGCCUUUGAUGAGGGCAGAACUGCCUUGACAUCCGAAGAAGGUGGAGUGCUUUCAGUUAUUGAGGUGCUUGAAAGUGGAUCACUUCAAAGUCGAGAGCACGCUGUUGGUGCUCUUUUAACAAUGUGUCAAAGUGACCGAUCCAAAUAUAGAGAGGCACUUCUUAAAGAAGGGGUAAUCCCUGGACUUCUUGAGCUCACUGUUCAAGGAACAGCCAAGUCCCAGUCAAAAGCACAGACACUUUUGCGGUUACUGAGGGAGUCCCCAUACCCACGAUCUGAGCUUGAACCAGACACACUGGAGAAUAUUGUGUGCAACAUUAUCUCUCAAAUUGAUGGUGAUGAUCAGUCAGGCAAAGCAAAGAAGAUGCUAGCCGAGAUGGUUCAAGUUAGCAUGGAACAGAGCUUGAGACAUUUACAGCAAAGGGCUCUGGUAUGCACACCAACUGAUCUCCCUAUCAGUACUUGUACAUCUGAGGUUUCUUUAAAAUGACUAUUUUGGUUAGUCAGAUUAGCUUUUGUUAGAUGGUGUGUACCACGAGAUAAAAAAAAGCAAAAAAAGCAAGGAAAAAUGAUAUGGUAAUGAUGAUGCCAGUCCAGGCCAUUGUUGUGAUGUCGGGUGAUUGGUAUGUAAGUGGGAGGUUGUGAGUUCAACUCACGCAGUUGUAAUUUACCUGA